AGAAACAACAAGAGGGUAUGUGCGCGUAGAAUGCAUAGUAUGAAUGUACCUAGGUUAGGUAAUUCGUUGGAGUGGGUGGGUGUUUGAACAAGCUCGGGGCAGUUUUCGUCAUACUGCAGCCAGGGGUUUUUUUUUCUCUCUCUCCAAAGCUCAAGGUGGGUUGUUUCCCCAGCUUGCCAACCUUCGGCGACCAAGCUAUUAAAAGCCUCUUUCCCACGCGCACGUUCAUAACCUGUCAGCUCGUCCCUCGUCCCAAGUCUCACCGAAAAAUCCCAACACCCAAGGCAGCCCUUUACAGAGUUGACAAGACAGUUCCCUGCGCGCCGUCGCAAAACAACCCGUCGUUCUUGAGCAACCAAAAACAACCUUUUCUAACAACCAAACAACGAGACGGAAAACUGAGCAUCGCACAACCGCCGCCAUGUUUUUCGCAGUGUUUUUCGCCUUUUGGCGCAUUAUGCAGAUCAUAACUUUGAUCAUCAUUGUCGGUCUGCUGUCGUGGUUCGUCAACGGCUACGUCAACAACAACCUCCUCACGCCCAACUUCAUCCUGAUCUUGUUCAUCGUCUCGGUUAUUGCGCUCGCCUGGUCAAUCUUUACCCUCUUCAGCUACCACCGCAGCAGCACAAACGCGCAAUUCGUCGGCAUAGUCGACCUGCUCUUUGUCGGCGCCUUCAUCGCCGGCGUCUACUUCCUAGGGUUCAUCGCCAGGGCCGACUGCUCGAGCAUCAGCACCAAUGAGUACUACAGGUUUGGCCUGGGCGACUGGGUGGCCGUCGAGGGCCGUGGCUUCGCCAUCCGCACCGACAAGCCCUGCGCCAUGCUCAAGGCCAGCUUCGCGUUUGGCAUCAUGAACUGCAUCUUCUUCCUCGUCACGGCGGUCCUGGCCUUUAUGCACGGCGGCCGCAUGAGCCGCAAGGAGGACAAGUACCACAGCCACCGUCACUCGCACCGCAGGCACUCGAGCCGCGGCCACAGCCGUCACAGCCACCACAGCAGGAGGAGCUCCCACUCGCGCCGCACCACCUACGUCUAAGGUGGUGUGAGGGAGGAGUCGUGUUCCCACAUGGCACGUGGGCGCCGGAUAGAUUCAUUACACAAGUGACUGUCCGGUUUACCUGACUGUUUAUAUAUGGGUGGGCUCUUUGCGGGCGCAGUGGGAUUUUGAGUCGAUACCAACUCCAAUUUAGGCUGUUGUGGAGAAAAAUCAGGUUUCUUUUUAAUGUUGGAUUUACGCAGCAAGCGGAUGGAUUUACGGGUAUCGAGCCUGUUGGGAGGUGGGAUAUACAUGUUUUCUUUGUAUUUUUUUUCAUGAGUGUUAUGAGAAUGAUGUUAAAAUACCAAUAAUAUACUCAUCUUGUACAUUUCCCCUGCCAUAUCAAAUGCGAUGGAAAUUUUAAUUAAAUUGAAAUCAUUUCACUAAUAUUUGAGUUGGUCCACAAUGGGAAGGAGCGCGCAACAUCAAGG